AUAUGAAUGCUUUUUUGUAGAAUCUGCCUUCUCGUGCAAGAUGCCUAUGGAAUGUUCGGUGAAGUGUACUCAGAGGACACCAUCUUGAAGGACAGACAGUUGGAAGGGAAGUGCUGUAGCCUGGCAGGAAUGAAGGUUCUACAAAAGGCCACCAGAGGAAGGACAGCAGGGCUUUUCAGUUUGAUUGACAUCAUGUGGCCUCCAGUGAUACCUCUGAAAGCACCUGGCCACAGGCAAGCCUGUGAAGAGCAGGUAAAAACUCAUCUGCCUCCUCCUAGCUUCUGUUACAUCCUCACUGCUCAUCCAAAUCUGGGACAAAUUGAUAUAAUUGAAGAAGACCCCAUUUCUAAGCUUUACCAGCCUCCAAUUCCUCGCUCCUUAAGAGGAAUUCUCCAGACUGAUGAUCUCAGUACCCGUUGCAGUUUCUAUGCCAGAGUGAUUUAUCAAAGACCACAGCAAAGGGAGAUUUGGCUGAUGGUGACUGAUGUCACCCUGCAAGUGCAGGAUGAGAAUAACUCUGGCCUCCCCAAAACCGUACCGGUCUGUGUGGCCUCCUCGUGUGUACUGGACCCAGAAGUCCUGGAAGCGCUCACCGAGGCCGCCCCCCACAGCUUCCUCUUCAGGGACACCGUCCGAGACCAGGGUCGGAUUGUUUGUGUUGAACGAACUGUCCUCUUGCUUCAAAAGCCCCCUUUGGGUGUGGCCUCUGGUGCUCGCUCCUGUGAGUUGACUGGCCCUGUGACGCUCGAUGAACUGGAUUCUGUCACUCAGGUCAACUCCAUUUGCAGUGUUCAAGGCGCUGUGGUUGGUGUGGAUGAGAGCACUGCCUUCUCGUGGCCUACAUGUGACCUGUGUGGCAACGAGAGAUUGAAACAGAGCCCAGAAGACAGAGGCACCUUUUCCUGUGGGGACUGCUCCCGCGUGGUCACCGUUCCUCUUCUCAGAAGGCACCUGCAGGUCUUCCUGGACUGCCCCUCGCGCCCCCAGUGCACAGUGAGCGUCAAGCUGCUGCAGAGCAGUAUUGCUUCACUCCUGCGGUUUGCCGCCUGCGAUGAUGGGACUCACGAAGUGAAGAGUGUCCUCGGAAAGGAGGUGGGGUUGUUAAACUGUUUUGUCCAGUCCAUAACCACCUAUCCGACUAGCUGCGUUGGAUUGGAGGAAAUUGAGCUCCUGAGUGCAGGAAGAGCCUCUUCUGAAGGUCGUCAGUUGCCAUAAGAUCUGUGAACUUGGCACUGUGGCUGCAAGGGUGGUGGUGGUUUUUGGUAGUUAACUAUGGGCAGAGUGAAUGUAUUUUAUGAUCUUGAAAUGGAACUUAGAUUUUUGGGGGGCAAAUGUUAAGUAAAAUGGUUUUGUGAACUAUAAAUCAACAUACUUUUUUCUAUGGUUAUGUAUUUUUUAUUACCUUUCUGCAAAUUUAAGAACAUGUUAUUAAAGCUUAAAUAAGCUUUGAGGUCUUUACUUUGUAUUUACCUUAGGCAAUAAUAUUAAUAUAGCAGGAAAAAAUACUUUGUUCAAUGGUAAUUUUUAAGUGUUUAAAAUUUUACCAUGAUUCACAUGUUUUCCUUGUAUUUGUUUUAACAUUCCCCCAAAGAAUACCCUGCAAAGCUUAAAUCUUUGUCCUAUAUUGUGAUAUUACUAUUCUGCUACAGUAAACGUCCAACCUAAG